GACGAUAUGCAUUACUGGAACAAGCUCUCGUAAGCAGGCAUGUGUUCACACUACUCCUGUUCUCACAUGCAAUUUCGGUGCACUCUGAGCAGAUAACGCGUUGAAGACCAUGCGUGCUUAAUGCAUAGACUGCUGGCGAACCCAGAGACAUUUGUAGUACGACCAGCUUCCGGGCCGGUUCUGCCAGCAGGUUCUGCUGCCACCGCAGCUCUUCACAAGACGUGCCUACUGCGGGCAGAGAGAGAGAGAGAGAACUUGGCAUAGUCCGUCGCACCUGCUAGGCGGUACUGCUUACAAGCACCAGCAGUGUUUUUGGCUGGCAUCCAUGUCCAUGGCGUCUGACUGCGUUCACCCGCUUCGACUCUUUGAACGUCUGCAACUUAUCACUCUUAAGCAGCACGUUGGGAUUAUGGAUGCGCCAUUGUCGUUGGUGCCGAUCGUUGGGCGGCCCGCAACAGGGGACUCUGAAAAGCAGCGGCAGCAUGCAAGCAAGCAAGUUCGUCCGCCGGGCGCCGGCGGACGGCCGCAGCCUCGUCGUAAGCGCGUGCUGGACCGCCACGUUACAGUCAGGCCUCUGGGUGAUGGCGGCGACUUCCCCUACCUCAGUCCAUCGCCUCCACAUACACACACGCGUACUCCCGCCUACCUGUCAAAGCCCGGCAAGGCACAGACCUAUCUACGUACCGCGCGCCGGCUGCGUGGUGAGGUGGAGCGAGCCACAACAAUACGGUAGUAGCACCCGCCGCCAGUAACGCACGGGAUCACGCCGCCGGCGCAUACCAUGCCCAUCCACUAGAUAGGUGAGUGAAUGGGGUUUAGGGUUUAGGGUCACAUUCAUUUCAAUGGCUGCUCUUUCUUGAAGGGCCAUCCAACGUACGGUAGGGGCCUCUGUCUCUACGCA